AUGCUGUACUCCUCAUCAUUAUAUUCUAAGUUUAACCAUGCCAAUUCUGGCUCAUUACCGAGCUCAGUUAUAGCUAAAGAAAUACAAAGUUGCUUAUCUAUUCACCGGUAUUUGAAAAAUAAAUGCGAAACAGAAAAAGAUAAAGCAUUCAUGAGUGAAGUAUUAUUCAUAGUCCUCAACUGUGGUUUCCUUUGCUUUGACCCAGAGGAAGCUGAUAGUCUUCAUACUCAAAUUAGCAACCUAGUGAGGCGAUGAAGUCACGAAGACCCAGAUUACUUGCUAAUGAAGAUCUUGGAUAACCUCGUCCAAUACUGAAAUGUAAAUACCCCUUCAGAAAUCAUGUCCAAGUACUUCUCAGGCUGAGAACCCAAAAAUGCUAAAGAAGAAGCCAUCUCGCCUGAUUCCCAUUACCAAAUGUCCCAGCCAGGAGCUUCUACGCACACCUCUGAGUUCUGUAUCUGCCAAUCGCCAAUUGCCAUUGCUAAUGAUCCCCGAAUAGUCUUGUCAAAUAUGCUUUCGUCUCUAAAGACACCAAAGAUGGAAGAGUUUGGGCUUUAUCAUAAGCAAGAGGCUCAGCUGAUGGAGAAUGCCCUGAAAAGAAUUUUUAUGAAGAGAAGAGUGGAGAAUGCAAAAAUUGAGGUUUAA